UAAUUACUUCUCCCUUUCCAACCACAACCAAUCUGAAGGAGGUGGUAAUCAUUUUGUUAUUAUGGAGCUUCGAAAGAAAAUUGAGUGUUUUUUUCUUUGCAAUUUUAGAGUUCAAGCUCAUUGUAGUUUUCAAGUUUGGUUUUUAAAAACUUAGAAAUUUUGCCCUAGAACGUUCAGAAAAGCAAAGAAAAUCUCAUUAAACUAAUUUACCAAGUAUAAGCACGUUAUGCACAUGUUUACUCGUUUGGUAUGAGUCUAGCAAGCUUUAUUUCUCUACCACUAUCUGCAUAAAUGUGUUUUGAAGAAGAGAGAAGAAAAUUUAAAUUUGUUCAUUUUACCAAUACUUAACACUGUAAAAUUAUCCUUAAUCUGCUACCUAUUAGUCUACGCGACUUCAAAUACUUACUCUAUCCUAAAUUCCUAACACUAUACCAAAUUUAACAACCAUCAUAAUUUAUUUCAACUUAACUAAACUCAUUUUUUAAGUCAUGCCUACUAGGCUUAGUCACUAGUAGAAACUAGGAAGCAUAACAGAAUAACAGUAUUCUGAGUUUGGAGCAACAUAAACUUUGAAUACAAACUGAUAUUCGCGGGAACAUCAAUCAACGUUCUACAAAUUCAAUGCUCUCUCUCCCAUCAACAUUGAAUCUUCCACUCCAUAAUUCACAUCCCCAUAAUCUUCUUCUUUCAUCAAUUGGUCUCUCAUUGCAAUUACAAUCUUCGAGACAUGCCAAUUUCUGCAAAACCCAAACCCCUCUUCUUCAAAGAAAUCCUUCAAAUUUCCAUUUACAUUACAAAAUGUCGCCGAAUUCAGCUGAUUUAUUGAGUUUCAGUAAUGCCCCAAUCUCUCAAGAGAACCGAAUUGCUAAAAUAUGGGAACGCCAAUCGCGAGGUCGAAGGGUUGAGCUUAAUCCAAUUUGGGUAGUUUCUCUGUUUCAAUCGUGCUCUAGAUUAAAAGAUGUUAAAGUGAUACAUGGUUUGAUUUUGAAGUGUUUAAAGGGUUCAGUUGUGUUUGUUAACAACAAUUUGAUUAGUGUGUAUUUGAGUUUUGGUAAAUUAGAAGAGGCUCGCAAGGUGUUUGAUGGAAUGCCUGACAGAAGAAAUGUUAUUUCUUGGACCACAAUUCUUAAUGGGUAUUUGAAAUUUGGUUUAGAAGAUGAAGCUCUUAGUCUUCUUGGGGAGUUUUUGAAGUCAGGGGUUCGAGCAAAUGGGACAACGUUUGUGUGUGUAUUGAUUUUAUGUGGGAAGAGGUUGAAUUAUGAGUUAGGGAAGCAGGUUCAUGCUUGUAUUAUCAAAGGUAGAUGGAGUAAUUUGAUAGUAGAUAGUGCAAUUCUCUACUUCUAUGCACAAUGUGGUGACUUUUUGAGUGCUUUUCGUGUUUUUGAUGAGAUGAAAGAGCGGGAUGUAGUUACUUGGACAACCCUGAUCACUUCUUGCUCUCAACAAGGCUAUGGUGAGAAGGCCUUCUCACUGUUCUCGCAAAUGUUAAUGGACGAGUUUUUGCCCAACGAACACACUAUAUGUAGCGUUUUGAAGGUGUGUGGAGAAGAGAAGACACUGAAAUUCGGGAGACAGUUGCAUGGUGUUGCAAUCAAGAAACUGAUAAAAAAUGAUGUUUAUAUUGGGACUUCCCUCGUGGAUAUGUAUGCAAGAUGUGGAGAAAUUGAGGAUUCUAGAAAAGUGUUCAACAGGAUGAAAAGGCGAAAUAUGGUUACAUGGACUUCAAUCAUUACUGGUUAUGCUAGGAAUGGGUUUGGUUGUGAGGCGUUGAAUCUUUUCCGUGUGAUGAAAAGGAGAAAAGUAGCAGCAAAUAGUUUGACAUUUGUAAGCAUCCUUCGAGCAUGUGGUUCAAUUGGUGCUCUAGUAACUGGUAAGGAAGUUCAUGCACAAGUGCUGAAAAACUCAGCACAAAACAACAUUUACAUAGGAAGCACUCUUGUGUGGCUUUAUUGUAAAUGUGAUGAAUACGGUCUUGCUUCAAGGGUUCUCCAACAUAUGCCCCUUCGAGAUGUUGUUUCAUGGACCGCCAUAAUAUCUGGUUGCACUCAUUUAGGGUAUGAAUUCGAGGCUUUUGAAUUUUUGAAGGAAAUGCUCAGUGAAGGAGUAAAGCCUAACCCAUUUACAUAUUCCUCGGUUUUGAAAGCUUGUGCAAGUGUAGAAGCUAUCAAACAUGGAAAACUAAUACACUCGUCUCUGAACAAAUCUCCUGUAUUCUCAAACAAUAUUUUCGUGGGGAGUGCCCUGAUAAAUAUGUAUGCGAAAUGUGGAUGUGUUUCAGACGCUUUUCAAGUGUUCAAUAGUAUGAAAGAAAAGAACUUGGUUUCGUGGAGAUCAAUGAUAGUAGGAUAUGCAACGAAUGGGUAUUGUCGUGAAGCUCUGAAACUCAUGUACCAGAUGCAAGAGGAAGGUCUUCAAGUGGAUGAUUAUACUGUUACAACUGUUCUUACUGCAUGUGGAGAUGUGGAAUGGAAUACAGAACCUUCUUCCCCUGAACUGCAACUAAGUUAAGUUAAUCACUCUUCCUUCUUGCUUAACUGUACAUAAGUUUGUGGAUUGACUAGCUGUAUCAUGUAAAUCCAAGAAAAGAACAAUUGCAAACGGCUGAAUCCAAAGAUAUGUGUAGUAGGUCUGAUUCAAAUUAAAUUAGUUUUAAUUAAUUCUA